AUGUCUGACAAAGCUGACGUGGCUGAGAUUGAGAGAUUCAAUAAGCAGAAUUUGAAGAGGGUGGAGAUACAAAAGAAGAAUCCACUGCCUUCAAAAGAAACAAUUGAACUAGAGAGGCAAACAGAUGAAUCAUAA